GCAGGCUCAGCCCGCCCAGCGCCGCCGCGCUCCGGGUCCCAGCACGCCGCACACGCACCCACCCACCCGCCAGGCUCCCACCCACCGGCCAGCCACCCACGCAGCGCCAUGGGCAAGGACAAGCAGCCCCGCGGCCAGCAGAGGCAGGGGGGGUUGCCGGCUGGGGACGCCGAGCCCGACGACAUGGGGCCGAAGAAGGGCAAAGGGGCGCCCAAAGAGCGCGGGGAGGAGGAGGCCCAGACGUGCUGCGGCUGCCGGUUCCCACUGCUGCUCGCCCUGCUGCAGCUGGCCCUAGGCAUCGGCGUGACCGUGGUGGGCUUCCUCAUGGCCAGCGUCAGCUCCUCCCUGCUAGUCAGAGACACUCCAUUUUGGGCUGGGAUCAUUGUCUGCCUGGUGGCCUAUCUCGGCUUAUUUAUGCUUUGUGUCUCAUAUCAAGUUGAUGAACGAACAUGCAUCCAGUUUGUUAUGAAACUGUUCUACUUUCUGCUGAGUGCCCUUGCAUUGAUUGUCUGUGUGCUGGCUGUGGCCUUCGCGGCCCACCACUAUUCGCAGCUCCAGCAGUUUACCUGUGAGACGGCCCUCAACUCCUGCCAGUGCAAACUGCCCUCCUCAGAGCCGCUCAGCAGGACCUUUGUUUACCAGGAUGUAGCUGACUGUACUAGCAUCACUGGCACUUUCAAGCUGUUCUUACUCAUCCAGAUGAUUCUUAACUUGGUCUGCGGCCUUGUGUGCUUGCUGGCCUGCUUUGUGAUGUGGAAACAUAGGUACCAGGUCUUUUAUGUGGGUGUCAGGAUGUACUCCUUGACAACUUCCAAAGGGCAGCAGCAGAAGGUCUAACACUCUUGUGCAGAGGUGGCAAAGAAAGCAGCACAUUGAACAGCAGAAGGUUAAAAAACAAAA